CCGUCACUAUCCAACAAACUCUCGUAAGCCACUGCGAACAAAAGCCUUUCUACAUAUAAAAGCACACACACUCUUAACACACACACACACAUACUUAAAUUCCGAUAACCGUUAGCCGGAAAUCUUCACCGGAAAAUAUGGCGAGAGACAUUGAAGAAGCAGGAACAUCACAACCACCGUUACUACCUACCAGCUCAUCAACCACCUCAUCCACUACCAACCUAAAAGUCCGGACCAAAUCCGACCCGGUCCUCGCCACGUGUCACGUUUUCAGCUUCGUUACUGUCGUAGCUUCAAUCCUUUGCAUUGCCGCUAAUGUUAUCUCCGCCAUAAGAUCAUUCACUAAUGGAUUAGAUCUAUUUGACGGAAUAUUUCGAUGCUACGCGGUGUUGAUUGCGGUUAUUGUGGUUGUUGCUGAGACUGAGUGGUCCUUCAUCAUCAAGUUCUGGAAGGUACUUGAGUAUUGGGCUGGCAGGGGCAUGCUUCAAAUCUUUGUUGCUGUUAUGACAAGAGCUUUUCCUAAUAUAUAUGGGGAACGGCACGAUAUUCUUAUUCUCCAAGACAUAGCAAGCUAUUCACUUCUUGCUUGUGGCGUGAUCUAUGUUGUUUCGGGAGUCCUGUGCCUUGGUUUCCUCAAGCGUGCUCGCCAAAGCAAAAAAGUUUCAGCACAGCAAGCAGUUAAAGAUCUGGAGGAACUUGAACGCCGCCGAGCAGAACUUGAAGCACUGCUGAUUGUUGAUACUCCAUGAUGCAAAUGUCAAUCUACAAGUGCCCUGCUGCCAUGCUACAACUAAAACAAAGAAAAACGAGUGAAACUGUUUCCAAUUCUCGACAUUGCAAACCAAAAGCCUUCCUUUACCUAUGGACUUUGUUGUUUCCUUGAUGAUAAUUGAUAGGACGAUGCCGAUUCUUUUGUAAGAAAAACUGGAUUUGAUAUGUUGGUUUUAAACUUCUGAUGAUUACUGGAUGUAAAUUAGCUUUUUUAGAUCUGUUGAGUUUCGCAAGUAAUUCCAUGUAUUGUUGGAUUAUAGAGUUACAUUGGUAUUUUCCGGAUAGAGUCCUUUCUUUUA